AUGAAGUUCUUGGCUGUUGCUGUCUUUGUACUCGUUGCCUCGGUCUACGCCGAGGAGCAAGCAAUGGAAUCGAUGAAGUCCAAGCGGGGUGUCCAUCUGGGUUUCGGUUACCAUCAUGCUCCAGCCGUUGUGUCCCACUCGUAUGUCGCCCCGGCUCCAGUGAUUGCUCACUCCGCUCCGCUGGUCGCGGCUCCCCUUGCAUACCAUGCUCCGAUCGCCAAAACCUACGUGGCCCACUCUCCGGUGGUGCAUCAUCAUCACCUCGCCGCCUACCAUGCUCCGUUGGCCGUGGCCCACGCACCGCUCUAUCACCAUGGAGUCUACUCCACUCUGCACCGUCGCUAG